UUCGUAUAUACGUCACGCUCGUCUGGACGUUACCUCGAGAAAGAAGACGGAACGCAACGCACUGAAAUAGGCGGCGCAGUUUUCCACGCAACGGGCGACCGGCCGCAGGAACCUCCUCGGCCGCAUGCCCUCCGAAGCCUGCGCCGACUUCACCGCAUCUCUUCGUUUUUUUUUUUUUUUCCUCUCCGUCGUUUGACUCUGGGCACAGGCACAGCAGUGCAGUGCGCUCGCGAACGAAGGCGUUUUAUUGUGUGUGUAUGUGCGUGCGUUUCGUUUGUUACGAUGCCUGCGCGAUGACUGGUGUGCGUGCGUGAGGGUCCGCGGCCUUGCAGUGUACGGCCUAGCGCACCCGUUUUCUUUUUCUUUUCUUUCCUUUUUUUUGUGUGUGUGGCUGGAUUUCGCCGGUUGUUUGCGCGGUGGAAACUUACGGACCGCCCAGAAUGUCAGCAAGGCCGUAGCACGAUGACGCCGUUCUGAAGAAGGCCCGACGAGACCGACUACGUGAAGCAACCAUGGGCUCCAGCGACAUACAAUGCCCUCUUGGAGUACGCGACAUCCCGCGAAAGUACGCGCACAUCUUCCGCAAGAAGAGGACCUGGGAGCUGGUGAUGCUCAGCGGAGCCGUGUGCGGUAUCGAGCUGUGCUACGCCGCCGAGACGGCCUUCAUCGGCCCCAUACUGUUGGGCCUCGGGAUACCCAUCUCGUUCGUGGCGCUCACCAUGUGCCUCAGCCCAGCGCUGGGCUUCUUCAUCACGCCGCUGCUGGGCUCAAUGAGCGACACCUGCGCGUCCCGCUUCGGCCGGCGGCGGCCUUUCAUCGUGCUCCUCUCGCUGGGCAUGCUGCUGGGCCUGAUACUCCUGCCCAACGGCCAGGACUUUGGCAUAGCGCUCGGCGACAGCGGCAUGGACGAAGAACUUCUAGGAAAAGGCAGCGUCGUGAUUCCGGAGGGGAACUCUACGAACGUUCCUUCUUUGCCUUCGAACAACUCGACUGCCGGGAAUGACCCAAACCACGGCUGGUCCACGCACGGCCGGGGCAUCGCGUUCACCAUCGCGGGCUUCGUAUUUUUGGACAUGUGCUGCGACGCGUGCCAAUCGCCGGCCAGGAGCUACGUCCUCGACGUCACAAUCGUGCCGGACCACGCGCGGGCGCUGUCCAUGUUCACCGUUCUGUCGGGCCUCUCUGGCGCUGUCGGCUACAUCAUGGGAGGCAUCGACUGGGAAAGCACGGCGGUCGGAGCCAGUCUUGGCGGGCACGUCAAGACCGUGUUCGGCAUCGUCGGCGCAUUCUUCGUCGUCUGCAUCGUGCUGACUCUCACGAGCUUCCGCGAGAUGCCGCUGCACGUCGUUAGGGCGGCCACGGCGGCUGGGUACUUUGACCAAGACGGGAGCCGCGGCGACUAUGAGAGGUUCACCAACGACGAGGCCAGCGGAUGCGAGGAGACCGAAAGCGUGGAGCUCGCGAGGCGCAAGGCGAACAGUCCCUUCAAAGACGGAGACAAGAGCGCGGAAGAAGAGGCGUCCCCGACGGUGAAGGCUUACCUCCUCUCCAUAAUCUACAUGCCCAGGUCCAUGAUGUUGCUGUGUAUAACCAACCUGUUCUGCUGGAUGGCACUGGUCAGCUACUCGCUGUUUCUCACGGAUUUCGUGGGCGCCGUGGUUUACGGGGGAGACCCUGUGGCGCACAUGGGCACAGAGUCCUAUCGUCUGUACCAGAGCGGAGUGCGACUGGGUUGCUUCGGCCUGGCCAUCGACUCUGUCACCUGUGCGCUUUACUCCCUCUUCAUCGAGAAGCUUGUGGACCGCUUUGGUGCCAAGCCAAUAUACGUCUUAGGCCAGGCGGCCUACUGCGUGGGCGUGGCUCUGCUUGCCAUUUUCCGCACCAAGGCAGCCGUGCUGCUGGUGUCCCCCGCGGCGGGUCUCUUGUACGCCACCCAGUUCACAAUGCCUUUCAUCCUGGUGGCGCACUACCACAGCUCGAAAAUGGUGGAGGCUGGCGCCGACUGGUCCGAGCGCGGCCUGGGCACCGAUAUCGCGCUCGUUAGCAGCAUGAUGUUUCCGGCGCAGUUGCUUCUGUCGCUGUGCGCUGGGCCCAUGGUUCGUCUCUUCGGAGGGACGCCGACUGUCAUCAUGUACGGCGCGGCGCUGGUCAGCGCCUGCGGGGCGCUGUGCGCCACGCGCGUCACCUACCACAAAUUGCGCUGAACGUAUACCACGGAGGAAUGAACGCUUUGUGUGGCGCGAUUCCGUGGGACAUCAUCGGCGCCGUGACCUGAAACCACGUGCGUGUGACCGCUGCAAUUGACGGGAGAAGGCACACGCGCCUAAAGCGCAAGAAGAGCGGCAUGCUGCGCUUCAGCCGUUUCUUCCCCAGAAACUCAAUUUUUGAAGCAAAGUGAGAGUUUACGGAGGGUAAUGUAGAACCGGUUUCAUUGACAGUCGACUGUUUGUCACCUACUGCGGUUCCAGGUUGCGAAUUUUUGACUGAUACUUUUGCUCUCCACAUUGCGAAGAAUUAUGUGCGCCUCUUUCUCCUUUUAUUCCCGUUACCCCUUUCCCCAGCACAGGGUAGCCAGCCGGUAUUUACACUGGAUAACCGCCCUGUCUUUCGUUCCCUUUUGUCUCUCUCUCUCUCUUUUAAUGUGCCACCCACCGCUUCCAAACGACAGUGCAGCUUACCGCAAAUGUUUUUCAUCGGCUGGUCUUCUCAGCAAUUAUCGUGGUUGCUUUAAACGGUAUAGCCAUAUCCCACCUCACCUGAAAGAUAUGUAUAUAUGUAUGCGUCGCCGCUGAAUAAUUGUCUUUAUUUACCAGAGCAUCAUUUACCAUAUCAUACCGAACAUAGCCAUCCGCAGUCAUCUCCUGAAUGAUGAGAGUUGCGGCGCACCUGUGCGCUGCAUUCGCAAUGCUAGUCGCAUUUGACAAGUAGUAACCUAAAACACAGCAAAUGUCUGCUUGUAGCACAGCCCAUGAUAGCCCCGUUCGAGCUCGUAAACGUUAUUCGAAACGACCUCAUAAAUUUGUUACAUUAGGACCUAACUUUCAGAAGCAUCGUCAACUGUUUAAAGCGUGCAAGCAAAUAGAAAUGAAUGAAAGCAAAGAACAGCGACCUCUGUUCCAGGCAGCAAACUUUAAUUUACGCAAGCAUACGAGUGCAUCUGUGAUGUAUAUAGCUCAGGAACGCCGCCUGCUUAUCUAGAAUGUGUUGUGAAGCGUUAGGCGCGCUCACUACACCAGCUCACAUAUUCAUGCGUUCCGCAUAUUGAGCGCCUAACAGCACGGAUGCAGAUUUGGAAGCGUUGGUCGCAGGUUAGAUAUUCGGCGACGCUGUCUGAAGAUAUGACCCAACGUGAAGCAAGUGCAUGAGACUGAUGCUAAAACAGUAUAUUUGCGCAUCAUUUACAGGCAUUGUUACGUAUAAAUGGCACCGACAGGGUUCACCUUAGUUCCGGUCUUGCGUUCAUUAGGAACGCGACAAUAUCACUUACAAUAAUAAAGAAUGCUUUGCUAAACUGCAAGCGGCCCGUACUUAGAUGCUGACAGGUAAACGCGUGGAUCAUAAUCAGGACGAGGAGUAUCCGUACGUGCAUCUGCAUUAAAGACGCGAGCCAACUAUGUCGGGCGCCACGAGUGCAAUAUGUAACUCUUGAUAGUUACGUCUGCGGAUGACCUCUCCAGCGCUGCGCUCACUAUGCUGACAAGUUAAUGGCAGUGCCAAGUUGUAAGAUUACCGCUGCAGUAAACAAGCCACUACCUCUAUACCGGCCUUGUUCUGUAUGUUUUUGCGCAUCCAGAAACGGCCACAUGCUCCAUAUUCCGAGGUUGAAGUAUAGGUGUGCAAAGGAUGCUCGCAACUAACGUAUUGAGUUGCUCAAACCCGCGUUGUACCUGAGUUCAAAGGUACCAGCACAAAUAGGGCAGUGGUAAAACCUAGUCUCGACAGGGGAAAUGACUGGGCGCUGUUGCGUCGUGGCGAGAACCGCUCUCAAUGCGGCGGAGGCGGCGCACGAGACGGCGCAAGAAUGCCGUCGAUACAUAGCACGCUUUCCGCGCAGGGCGGGGGUAACCUGUCGGGAAGCUGCACAACACAGUUGCAACAGUGAACGCGGCGCUGCGGUGCGCGCUGCCCAUGAGUCUGUGAUCACAAAAGACGCGCCUUCGUCGCGCAACUUCCCAGUUUUAAUCCCUCGCUCGGUUUUUUACCACGGAUUUUAGUCCAGGCAGCUUCCAUUUUCCCUGUAACAGCCAUAUUUCGUCCUAUUGUGAAAUAAGUACUGCCCUCCCCGGAAAACUUGGCUGCAACGGCGCUUUUUGUGAGGUUACGACAAAACGCAGCUGUCAACCUCCGCAUCCGCACAAACAAAUUUUACGACGCGCCAAGGAAGGACUCUACAUAUCGUGUUUACCGAAGGCCACCUGGAAAAUCCAUCAAGCCAGCCACCUGAGUUCUACGUCCAGAAACUCCGGAUGAGACAAACUCGCGCCAUAUUUAGAGUACCGCGCAGAGGAAUAUAUCACCCUCGUCGGUACAGUCAGUGUCGGGAAGUACUGAGAUGUCGCUGUAAAAUGCGGAAUGCCGCAUGCAUACCUCUUUGAAAACCUGUGUAAGUGUUGCGUUAAUAUAACAAUGUGCCAAAAGGGCGGAAAUGUGCCCCAACGUAGCGUUUACAGUAUUCACAUGUGUUUCCGGUGUCGUUUGUGUGUUUAUCUGUCUCCGUUUCGUUCUCGUAAAUUGUCCGGAAGCUGUGCACAGACGGGGAAGCGCAAGUGUUUACAUUGCGCGCGAAGGAAAACGAAACUUUAGCUCCGUGAACGAACCUCAAUGCAUAUGUUUGUCUUGAGUUCCAAAAUAAAAACUGCGCGCUUUGCUUUUUUUUUCUA